ACGGUGUGUGUUUCCUUCCUUUUUAAAAUAUUUUUGCUACGCGAAUAUUAAAGAGAGAACGAAAUUUUAAAAAAUAAGAACGAUUCAUCGUCACUCCGCAGGCAACCGUACAGCCAUUUGAAUAUUUUCCAACAGAUCUUCACUGUAGAUCAACUCGAAAGUAAAACGAAAAUACACAAAAAAUAAGGAAGAUAAUAAUGAUAAUAAUACAUACAUAUUAUUAUUAUUAUAAUACUAUUAUUACUGGUUAAUUUUCUGUGCUUCAGUGAAGAGUGAUUUUUCCAAUACUGUUUCAUCAACAGAGGAGACGCAGCAGAAAAUCUAAUAGAUUAAUUAGAAUCAAGCUGGAGGAGGAAAAGAGGAAUAAUAAAACAUUCCAAAAGUACCGAGGGACUCUCUUCUCCCCUCCCUCUCCCUCUCCCUUCCUCAAUCCGUGAUAUCUCUCUCCCUCACUCCCCCUCCCCGCGAUAUUCUCUCUCUGAAAUACCGGGAGAGAGAGAGAGAGUAUUAAACCGGUGAAAAAUAUUGUGAGGUGCUUCGAUAAAUCAGUGUGCUCCUGUAUUAUUAUUACUCAUUUAAUUAACCAAACUCCUGAAUAAUUUCGUGAUAAAUGCAUAAUAAUUAUUCAAAUCUAUUUACCCUGAGUUAAGACAAUUAACAAGGACACUCAAUUGAAAUAUCCUCAUAAAUCUCAAAUAGAGCUUUAAGGAGCGAGAAAAAAAAAGAAAAAAAAAAAGAAAAUCCUCAGGACGCGGUUUAUGUGGAGUCCGGUAUAUUCCGUGGAAAUCGGGCGUGCAUACUGAGUGAGAAAGACACCCGUGAGGGUGCGCGCGUGUGGAUGUGUCCAGUGGUGUGGCCGGAGGUAGCCUUAAAACAGCGGUGAGUGUGGCCAUUUUUCUUUCCUUCCCCCCUCGCAGUAUCGAAAAAAAACCUCCAAAAAUUCGUGGAAAUUGAAAAAGAAAUUAGCUUAAAAAAUAUAACCGGGGAAAAAAAAUUGUGAAUUUUUUUCCCAUCUCCGCCCCCUUAUUUUUCUACUCAACGGAAAAAAAAAUUGCUGAAAUUAACUGCAGUGAACGAGUGUUAUUAAUGAUCAUAAAUUCAGGGAAGAUACAGUAAAGGGAUAUUAAUGAGAGAAACAUAAAAGUGAGUGAAAAAACAUUGUUGGCUAGUAAAAGUGGAGGGGGAAUUAUUAGUUAUUAUUUAAUAGAUCAGAGGUGGGGGGUAUAACCCUGUACCAGGGUGAUUGUACGACGGAGACGCGCGUGACAUGUCGGAACACCACCGCGUCGCCGCAGCCGCCGGCGGCUGGGGUACGCCGAGCCCUGGGAAUCGUGAGGAUGGUGCUGGUGGUAAUGCAUGGUGGCCGGGUAUGAAUACCGAUCAACAGCAGCAACAAGCCAAUCAGCAAAAUCAACAGGCACAACAACAAUUACAGCAACAACAGGCCGCUGUUGCUGCUGCACAACAGCAACAAGCACAACAACAGCAGCAACAACAACAACAACAACAACAGCAGCAACAACAACAGCAACAGCAGCAACAACAACAACAGCAGCAGCAGCAGCAACAACAACAACAGCAACAGAAUUUACAUCAGCACUUGAUGAACCAGCAGGCUGCUGUAGUUGCACAGCAGCAGGCUCAACAAUUGUCACAGCAUCAUCAAGAUAUUGUCAGGAGUACAGCUGCUGCAACACAACAAUUAUUCUCGUAUAAGAUGGCAUCGAGUUUUCAAAACCCAGCAACAACUGGGGCACAAUCGAGCCCAGUAUCAACGUCAAGUCCUGUUGGUGCGUGCAUGAGGGGUGGUUAUGAUUACAGAAUUGGACAGCAAGGAACUGCACCUGGUGGUGGCAAUGGCAAUGGUAGUGCACCACAACAACAACAAAAUCCACCGCCUGGAGUGCAGUGGUGGUAUGCCAGCAAUGUUAUGGAUGCUGGACAAAAUAACAUUCAUCAGAUGCAAGGACAGCAACAUUUAGCUACACAAACGUCUAAUCAAAUUGGAGCGCAUCAGAUACAACAGCUACCGCAGCAGAAUAAUCUUCAGCAGAAUAACGCUCAGGUUAACAAAAUGCCGAGGGGAAAGGCAACGGACACGAAACCAAGGGGGCGAAUGACCGCUUACGCCUUCUUCGUACAGACGUGCCGCCAGGAGCACAAGAAGAAGCAUCCAGAGGAGAACAUUGUCUUCCAGGAGUUCUCCAGGAAGUGCGCCAUGAGGUGGAAGACCAUGUCUGAUAAGGAGAAGAAACGUUUCCACGAGAUGGCUGAGAAGGACAAGAAGAGGUAUGACGCAGAAAUGCAGAAUUACACACCACCGAAGGGUGAAAAUGUCAAAGGCAGGGGAAAGAAGCGCAAACAUAUUAAGGAUCCGAACGCACCAAAAAGAUCAUUGUCUGCCUUCUUCUGGUUCUGUAAUGAUGAACGCGGCAAGGUCAAAAUGCUAAACCCAGAAUACGGAGUAGGUGAUAUUGCUAAGGAAUUGGGCAAGAAGUGGUCCGACGCUGAUCCAGAAACCAAAUCCAAAUAUGAAGCUAUGGCAGAGAAGGACAAAGCUCGAUAUGAAAGAGAAUCGACUGCAUACAAGAAGAAAAUGGCGGAAGGACCGGGAGAAAUUUUAUGAUCAGAAUUUCGAUUAAUAAGUCACUGAGCAGUAGCCGCUAUUCUCUCGGGGGAGAAUCCUUUCAGACAUGAUAUAUAAUUACAAUUAAAGAUUAAAAUGAAAAAUGAAAAAAAAGUUUAAAGAUUAAUGAUAAUGAUUAAUUAUAAUAAUUAAUAUUAAUUAAUAAUAAUCUCAAGAUGAAAAAAAAGGAGAAAGAAAAAUCCGACGGAGAAAAAUGUGGAAGACGAGCAAUCAAAAUGGGUGUAACGAGUGAAGAGGAGAUUUUUCGUCUCGAACAAAACCACAAUUGAACAAUCUCUCUUUUUUUUUAUUAACGGAUAAUUAAUUUUCAUUGUCUUCUUUCAUUUUUUUCUUCGUUCCAUCAUUACUUGACUCCAUCGUAUCUCAAAAAAUGCAUUGCAAAAUCAAAAAUAAAGAAUAGAUGAAAAUUUAAAAAAAAAAACACAUUGAGAACAAGCCGAACGUGUCACACACAUGUGCUAGGCCGUUAAUCGUGGAACCUGAAACUUUUCAUUAAAGGAAAUGACUGCGUACAAAAAGAAAAUGAAGGACGGUCCGGGAGUGGGAGCGCCUGCAAACGCGAUUAAGAACGAGAGUGAGGAAGAAGUCGAAGAAGAUGAUGCCGACGAGGAUGAUGACAUCUAAUAAAAGAAUAGAAAUGAAAAAUAAAAAAAAAAAUCGAGAGAUAAAUUCAAAGCGAGAUCGAAAGAAAUGAAAACCAACAAGAUUUAAAAAGAGUAUGGAAAUAUUAACUCAUAAACAAUUUUUUUGGGUUACGAAUGAAAGUGUGAACGAAUACAUAUUACAAAAAAAAAUAGUGUGAAGACGUAUGAGCUAUCUUUACCCACCAUUUUCCCCCCCUCGAUUUUGAACUUUUUUUUUCUUAUUUUCUAUUUUUUAAGUAAAAUUAGGAAACUUUUUUGAACAUUAUUGAAGGAAAUAAUGCGAUGACUCACCUACUGUACAUACCAUUUACCUUAGAGUGAGCGUACUUACGAGUUGGCUUAGACAAUGCAACAUUUUGACUAACCAAAAAAUAAUUAUUGUUCCGUUCUCCUCAUUCUCUGGAAUUAUCAAUUUUGUUUUUUUUUCUUCAUUAUUUUUCACGUACUUCUCAUUCUCUCAAUUUUCUUCAUUCAAUAUUGUCACUCUUGUCCCUCCCUAACACCUCAGUGUUUAAUAAUUAUUACUUUGAAAAGUUGAGUUAAAAUACAAAAAAUUGAAAAAAAAGUAAUAAUAAUUUAAAAAAAAUAAAUAACAGAACCGAAACAUUGUGUACGAGAGUGAAUGAAGCUAUUAUGUUGUAAAAGAGGAAAAAGAAAAAAUAAAUAAAACAAAUCUGAAUGAGAGAGAUUUAAUGGUAUGCGUGGAAUUUGUAUUUUAACAUAAUUCAUAGUAAGAUUGAGAGCAACAGAAAAAAUCACCAUGGAAAGAGUAAUUAAAUAGGUAAAUGCAUACCUCAAGUAUGAGAUAAAAUCAAUUUGACAGGAAUGAAACUUCGUGAAAGUCCAUGAGACAUCGCAGAAAAUUAUAAAAAUAAAGAGCCCAAUGAGGUGAAAUAAGGAAAGCAGAUGUCCAAGGGUCGUCGUUCUCUUUUUUCAAAUUUCAAGAGGAAAAUAACUAUUUUGUAGAAUGAAAAAGUCAGCAGUUUCCUUUUCCUCAGUCAUUUUGUAUCUUUAAUUUUUUUAGCAAUUUUUUUCCUGUCCCACGUUUUGCGAGUGUGCGUUCUUCGAUUAAAUACAAAUUUAAAAAUCUUAAUUUGAUAGAGGAGUAAAGUAUUUAGUUGUUAAAAUGCGCUUAAUUUCCUUUGAUGGAAUGUUUGAAAUUAAAAAAUUGAUUUUUUUUUCUAGCAAAAUAUUGUGAUGAUGGAGUAAUAAACAUUGAAUUUAGCGUGA